AUGCCGCCUGCCCGAGGAGGAGUAACGAUGGGAUCCAAACUGGUUGGGGUCGCUGUGGCAGCGACCGUUACUGCUCUGGGUGUGGGAACGAUAUACUUGCCAUUCAUAGCCGACAAGGACCGGAUUCGAGGUCUCCACGAAGAAUCUGAUUUGAGCGGAGGUGAAAAAAGGGAGUACGAACGUGCCAUGGCGCAGAUGCGGUCAAAUAUGCCAAACCAAGAAGAAACGGCCGGGCAAACGCCACAGUCAUCCUCUCCGAACAGCAAUUCGAUGUGGAAACGAUUGGGUGAUAAGGCUGGACAGAAUAGAGAAAAGUGA